GAAGAUAAAUAAAUCAGUCAUCCCUAAUUCCCAAAUCUCUUUCUAUAUCUCAAAUUCUAUCAUAACAAUUUCAAUUUUGAAUGGUAAGUAGCCAUGGAUGACUCGAAGAAGAAACAAGUGGAGCAUCAACAAGAACGAGAAGAAGAUGAAGCUACAGAAUCAACACUGCAAUUUUUCGAAGGCCUCGGCAUCUCUCUAAACCUUCCAGAAAUCUCCAAUUCUCAUGACUUUUUAUCACAACUAGUAAGCAGUGAUCUCAAAGUUGAUCACAUUUCUCGAGGUCAUGUCACUUGCUCCUUCUCCGUCCAACCGCCUAUUGCCAAUUACUACAAGGGGUUACAUGGAGGAGCAGUGGCGGCUAUCACAGAAAGGCUAGCCACCGCGUGUACACGAACCAUAGUAUCAGAGGAGAAGCCGCUGUUUCUUGGAGAGAUGAGCAUCUCCUACCUUUCUGCCGUUCCAAUGAAUACCAAGUUGAUUGCUGAUGGAUCAGUGGUGAGGAGUGGAAGAAACUUAACGGUAGUAUCAGUUGAAAUCAGACUAAAAGAGACUAAGAAGCUGGUCUACACUGCUCAAGCUACUUUCUAUCACUUCCCUACAGCUAAAUUAUGAUUUAGAUAUUUGAUUUCUACUCUGGAGAUCAAUUUGUUCUUCGUCGAAAGAAGAAUGAUGUUGUAAGAUUUCAAACUCAAAAAGUUGCCGAUUUCCAUUAAUGAAUACUGCAAUAUUACAUGGUGCAGUGUUGAUACAUUUCAA